UGGGAUUCGUGGACGGUUUCAACCAUCCGCAACUUGCCAGAGCAUAUCAAUUGCCUCAAGCUGCAGUAGGUAUCGCGUUCAAUUGCAUCAAAAGCUUUUCUUGCAUUUCAAGCUAUUGGCACGAAGAUUCUUCGGAUCAGUGUCGAUCCAGGAGCAACUGCCACCUCUUUCCCUCAUGUCUUCUUCACCAUCGCAGAUAUUCCUCUUUGGAGGAAACAAACCAUGGUCCGCAACCGACUGGACAGACUCUGAUGACCGAGUACGCGGAGGCUCCUCCUAUUCAGAGCUCACCUGCGAACCCUCCUCUCCCACAGUAGUCUUCCAUGGCAACCUCGACACCAAAACCCUCGGAGGAGCUGGCUUUGCCUCGCAGCGAACAACUGGCGAAGAUCGAAAUUGGGAUCUAUCAAGCUACGACGGCAUAACACUGGACAUCAAAAGGUCGGAUGGGAAGAAAUACACUCUGAUACUGAAGGAUGAGCUUCUGCCAAAGAGUUCCAAUGGCAGAGAACAAAGUACCGUCGGCUGGGAUUACGAUUUCAAUGGGGACAACGAUGGCGGAAAGGUCUUUGUGCACUGGAACGACUUCAAGGCCACAUAUCGCGGACGGGAGAUGAAAGAGGCUCAGCCGCUGGACCUGAAGCAUGUCAAGAGGGUAAGCUUGAUGAUGCGAAGCUUCUUCGGCUCGCAAGAAGGAGACUUCUCCUUGUCCAUAACCUCGAUAUCAGCGUUUAGAAAAGGGGAAAUUAGGACAGACGAGCCGUCUUGAAAUGCGCUAAGUAUGCAGAUCUCAACAAGAAACGGGAUGAAGAAAGCCGACCGGUUCUAGAAGCCGAUAAGCAAGGCUGGUUGAGCCGCUUCCCGGGACAACAUCUUCAUUGAAAGAACGAAAUCGAAUUAAUUGGCAGUAUAUCACGUUUCUGAUAAGUGCAUAUCCGCGAAAUAGGG